AUGCCUCUCCGCGACUCCCUCCCCUCAAUUCCCUCCUGGUCGCAAACCAAGACCGUCUCUAAAGCCGGUUUCGACAAAGUCUACCACGUCGUCGACAAGCUCGGCCCGCCCGUCAAUCGGCUGAGCAACAAGCUCGGCUCUGAAGCUUUCUGGCCCACGACCCUCGAUCGGGAAUCAGAUAAAGCUGCAAGAAUAUUGCGGAGCUUCUGUAAAGAUGGGUUCUACGUUGAAGAAGAUAAGGAGGCCGGAUAUGUGGGGGCGAAAAAGGACGACGGGGUGCCGAAGGGGAAGCAAAGGGUGAUUAAGAAGAUACCGACGGAGGUCAUAAAACGAGCGAAGGGACUGGCUAUCUUUACUACAAUGAGGACAGGGCUGUGGGUCUCCGGUGCUGGAGGCUCAGGCAUUUUGGUUGCUAGAACGGCGGACGGCAGUUGGAGCCCACCGUCGGGAAUAUUGCUGCACACUGCUGGUUUGGGCUUUCUUGUUGGAGUGGAUAUCUACGAUUGCGUCGUUGUCAUCAAUACGGAAAAAGCACUAGAAGCAUUUACAAAAAUACGGUGCACGCUUGGUGGAGAGGUCAGCGCUGUUGCUGGUCCAGUGGGCAUUGGUGGGGUGCUGGAGACAGAGCUACAUAAGCGGCAAGCUCCCGUUUGGAAUUACUUGAAGAGUAGGGGAUUCUAUGCUGGAGUUCAAAUUGAUGGGACCGUCAUCAUAGAGCGUGGGGAUGAGAAUGAGCGGUUCUAUGGGGAGAGGAUUGCGGUGGUGGAUAUCCUUGCCGGCAAAGUACGACAUCCGCCGAGAGAGAUCGGAGGACUGAUUCAGACCAUCAAGGCAGCUCAGGGAGACGUCGAUGUGGAUGAGAGUGCAUUGCCAGAUAGUGAGCCUACGCCAGGAGACUACGAGGUCAAAGGAGAUGACAAUGGGUUUGGCCUACCGCCGAGCGAGGAUGACCCGGACCCAUUUGGUGUCAAAGCGCUCGAGGAGCAAGGGAUGGAGGUUAGGGAAGCAGGAACGAGGAGCCGACCAAGUGGAGACGUAUUUGAAUAUCGGCCUUCACCUACAAGUCCGAUCUAUGCUACAUUCCACUCAAGGAAGAACUCAAAGAGGGACAGCGAGAGGAUGAGCAUAGCAAGUGUACACACAGAUCGUGGGACACAGACCGACGACCUCGCAUCACCAGAAAUGGCCAACUCCCCAGAACCAGCCGAUGAAGGCAGCCCCGCACGAAAAGCCACAGAGAACCUUGCCGAAGACAUCGACGACGGCUCCUCAGGCAGCGGAGAAGAACAUCACAAAACCGAAGAAGCAACCGUCAUAUCCCGCGCAAAGCUUGUGCAGAUACCAAAGCGCGUCCCGCCUGCUCUCCCACCACGAAGUCCUUACAGAAGCAGCAACCCCAUUCCCAGCCCAACCGCAAUCCCAGAUGCCGCCAGCCCUACCCAGCAGACAGGCCUAGGUAUCGACAUGCACGGCUCCCAAGACGCUGAGCAAGGUCUCUACCCCAUCCCUUCUCACAGCUCGAUCGAAGAGCGCCUCCAACAGGUUCACCUCGCUCCCUCGCGGAACAGCGAACGUCUAAGCCCGAAUAAAGAUGGGUUUGAUGACGUGGAUAUGAGCGGGUCUGAUUAUUCGAGGAGUAGAGGCAAUACGCCUGGCGUGAUGUCCGGGGGUGCUACGCCUGCUGAGGAGACCGUCGAAGACACUAUCGUUAUGAAAGAUGCGGAAGCCGAAGACGCAAAGGAUGUUGCUAAAACGGGGGAUGCUCAGCACGACACUCCCGCCGAGGAGAACACACCUCAUCUCAGUAAACAAAAUGACAACGGCGAGACAGACUUCCAAUCCGCACAGUAUGCACCGCCAGCCAAAGACAAGGACGAAAGCGAAGACUUCUCCAUGCCAGGCGAGUUCCACUCCGUGCCUAGUACGCCGCUCGGACCUGGACCCGAGCCUUCCUUCCCCACCUCCGCCCCCGGCCCUACCUCUGCUCCUGUUCCUGGGGUGCUUAAAGAGAUACCUGGAAUAGAUCCAACGAAAGUGGAGGGGAAAGUUGCGUAA